GAUGGCGGCUCCGCCUGACGAGGAGAGCUUGGAGUCUCGCAUCAACAAAGCAACAAACCCUCUGAAUCGAGAGAUUGACUGGGACAAUGUUAAGGCUUUCUGUGAACUGCUGAGCAAUGAGCCUGAGGGUCCUCAACUGGCUACCAGACUCCUGGCUCACAAGAUCCAGUCGCCUCAAGAAUGGGAGGCCAUGCAAGCACUUACAGUAAGAUAUUAUGAAGCUAUUUUGUCAUGCCCACCGUUUGAUCAGGUCCUUGAGACAUGCAUGAAAAACUGUGGAAAGAGGUUCCACAGCGAAGUCGGCAAAUUCCGCUUCCUCAAUGAGCUCAUCAAAGUGGUUUCUCCUAAGUAUCUGGGUUCUCGGGCCCCAGAGGCAGUGAAGAAGAAGGUUCUGGAAGUCAUGUACAGCUGGACUGUUAGUCUACCAGAAGAGACCAAGAUCUCAGAUGCUUAUCAGAUGCUCAAGAAACAAGGCAUUGUGAAACAGGACCCCUCCCUUCCUGAUGACAAACCUCUCCCACCACCCCCACCCAGACCCAAAAACGCCAUAUUUGAAGAUGAGGAGAAGUCCAAGAUGCUGUCUCGGCUCCUGAAUAGCACUCACCCUGAGGACCUGAGAGCAGCAAACAAACUCAUCAAGGAAAUGGUUCAGGAGGACCAGAAGAGAAUGGAGAAGGUGUCGAAGCGUGUCAACGCCAUUCAGGAGGUGAAGGAGAGCGUAGGCCUGCUGACACAGCUCCUAAACGACUACAGCAAGGACAGCACCUCCCAAAGCAACGAGGAGCUCAUUAAGGAUCUUUAUCAGCGUUGUGAGAAGAUGAGGCCCACGUUGUUCAGACUGGCCAGUGACACAGAAGACAACGAUGAAGCUUUAGCUGAGAUCCUGCAGGCCAAUGACAGCUUGACACAGGUCAUCAACUUGUACAGACAGAUGGUGAAGGGAGAAGUGGUGAAUGGAGACAGUAGCACCAGUGUCAUCACAGGGGGCAGCACAGCACUGCUGGACCUGACGGGAUUGGAUACCUCCCCAUCAGUUCCAUCAUUCCCAGAAUUCCCUUCACAACCCACUCCUUCACAAGAAGUAGGAAUAAGUCUACUGGAUGACGAGCUGAUGUCACUUGGUCUUACUGAUGUCACACCUGGUUCUAACGUGGCUUCUCAGUCUGGCGACGCCACCACAUGGAACUCGUUUCAGUCCUCAGACACUGCCGACACGCCCGCCCCGGCUGUCCCCUCUGCGGUCCUGUUACCAGCAGUUACAGCGGCCUCCCCGGCACCCGCCAAUCAACCUCCGCCCCCCACCAAGGCUCUGGACGAGCUGGAUCUGCUGGGCAAGACACUACUGCAACAGUCACUCCCGCCCGAGAGCCAGCAGGUCAAAUGGGACAAAUUACAGCCUCAGUCUAGACCAACCCUAAGAGAUCUCCAGACGAAGUCCUCCACCAACCCCACCACAACACCAAGCCCCGUUCUGACUUUGUCUUCAGAGCAGCCAAACGCUCUCCUAAACUCACAGCCCAGCCUUGGAGCUCCCUCUCUAGCUACGACUGUCUCCACUCCUCCUCAAGACGAGAUCUCCUUGGCUAACAUGACUGUGCCUCUCGAAUCCAUCAGACCUAGCAGCCUGUUGCCAGUGACGAUCUUUGACAAACACAGUUUGCGGGUGCUGUUUCACUUCGCGCGGGAUUCCCCUCCCUCUCGCCCCGACGUGCUUGUGGUGAUAAUCUCGAUGCUGUCUUCUGCGCCGACCCCAGUCAUCAACAUCCGUUUUCAGGCUGCUGUUCCCAAGACCAUGAAAGUAAAGCUUCAGCCUCCAUCAGGCACAGAGCUCCCUGCCUUUAACCCCAUCCUUCCACCUGCUGCUGUCACACAGGUGCUGCUACUGGCCAACCCACACAAGGAGAAGGUACGGCUGAAAUACAAGCUCACGUUUGAUUUAGGAGAAGAAUCGUACGACGAAAGUGGAGACGUAGAGCAGUUCCCACCUCCAGAGAACUGGGGGAACCUUUAGAGGGGACGGACUCAUUUCCCCCGCCCACCAUUAACCCCGCAGUUUCCUGUUUGUCUCGCCCAAUGGCGUUAACCGUCUCAUUAUGUCAGUGGUCCUGCCCUUAGAUCCACAAAUCUCCAUGCUGUCAUCUCGACUCUCUCUUUCCUUCUGUGUAGACUGAAAUGAAGUGUUUUUCCGUUUGUUUGUUUCAUUCUGAGGAUGGUUCUACACCCAUCUUCCCUCUGCUUUACUUACUGUAUUCUACUUCAUUUUGUGGAACAGUCAAUGACACAUGCCUUUUUAAAACAGAAAAGCGCUGUGUGUGUGUGUGUGUGUUAGUUCUCCAUAAAUAACUCCCUUGUGAUGUCAU